AUGAAGUUAAUGAAUCUGAAGCAGGCCAUCCUGCAGGCCUGGAAGGAGAGAUGGAGCGACUACCAAUGGGCUAUCAAUAUGAAGAGAUUCUUUCCCAAAGGAGUAACAUGGGACAUCUUGAACCUAGCAGAAGCACUUUUGGACCAGGCCAUGAUUGGACCAGCGCCCAACCCUCUGAUAUUGUCUUACCUCAAGUAUGCUAUCAACUCUCAGAUGGUAUCUUAUGCUACUGUAUUGACUGCCAUCAGCAAGUUUGAUGACUUCUCCAGAGACCUUUGUGUCCAGGCCCUACUGGAAAUCAUGGACAUGUUCUGUGACAAUCUAAGCUGUCAUGGUAAAGCAGAAGAAUGCAUCAGCAUGUGUCGGGCUCUCAUGAAUGCUGUGAACUGGCUUCUAAGAUGUUGUACAUACUAUAUGGAAAAACUGAAGGAAAUACUGGAUCCAGUGAUUGGGGAAUGUCAGCUUUCCAUGUGCUUGAAGAGACUGGAGUCCAUCCUUAGCAGCACUAAGAACCGUGCACUCAUCCAUAUUGCCAAACUGGAGGAACCAACCUCCUGGGCAUCUGUGGAGCAGUCAUUGCUGCGACUGGCCGAUUGUAUAAGUCUCCUUCCCAGCAUUCAGCUACGAAGCCAGGCAGAAGAUUGUGUGUCGUUAAUCAGGAGCAUUCCAUCCAUGCUUUCCUCACACUCUGAGCAGCUACACUGCACGGGUUUCCCCACAGUUCAUGCUGUUGUGAUGUUAGAAGGCACAAUGAACCUUACAGGGGAGGCACAGCCAUUUGUGGAGCAACUGAACACAGUGAGAAGAAUGCAGCGGAUUCCGUCUCAUCUCUUCCUCCUCGAGGUCUGGAAGGCAUGCAUUGUAGGGUUAAUUGAAUCACCUGCAGGAACUGAUGAGCUGAAAUGGACUGCAUUUACUUUUCUCAAAAUCCCACAAGUGCUGUCUAAGCUGAAGAAAUUCUGGCAGGUAGAUCAGGACUUCAAUGAGGAUUUGAACACCGCAUUUGAGUAUUUACUCAAGCUAACCCCACUCUUAGAUAAAGCUGAUCAGAGGUGCAACUGUGAUUGUGUUAGCCUGCUGCUUCAGGAAUGUCACAAGCUGAGUUUACUGUCUGACCAUCAUUUGGAAAACCUUAUCUCUAAAAGAACCGCAGACCGAGAGCAAGCUCCACGCUCUACAGAGAGCUCUGCCAUCCAGCCUAAUCCAGGACUAAUCCUCAGAGCAGAGCCCACUGUCACCAACAUCCUGAAGACAAUGGAUGCUGAUCAUUCCAAGUCCCCUGAAGGUCUUCUGGGGGUUUUAGGCCAUAUGUUAACCGGAAAGAGUUUGGAUCUGCUGCUAGCAGCUGCGGCUGCUACUGGAAAAUUGAAGUCUUUUGCCCGUAAAUUCAUUCAACUGAAUGAAUUUACGCGACACAUCGGUACUGAAGGCUCAAAAGCUGCAUCCACCCGUGCCCUGUUGUUUGACAUUUCUUUCUUGAUGCUGUGUCAUGUAGCACAGACCUAUGGCUCAGAGAUGAUCCUGUCGGAUGGAAGUACUGGUUCAGAGACCCCUUUCUUUGAAAGUUGGAUGCAAACUUGUAUGCCGGGAGAGGGCAAAGUCUUGAAUCCAGAGCACCCCUGUUUCCGCCAUCCUGAUAUCCCCAAAGUAGAAGCCUUAGUGGCACUUCUUAACACAUCCACAGAGAUGAAGCUAAUUCAGACAAAAUGGCAUGAGGUUUGUCUCAGCAUUCCAGCUGCAAUCCUAGAGGUACAUAAUGCCUGGGAGAAUGGAGUCUUGUCAUUUGAAGCCAUUCAGAAAAUCACAGAUAAUAUUAAAGGGAAGGUUUGCAGCCUGGCUGUGUGUGCUGUAGCCUGGCUGGUGGCUCAUGUCCGGAUGUUGGGUCUAGAUGAGCGGGACAAGUCUUUGCAGAUGAUUCGGCAGCUGGGAACACCCAUGUAUGGAGACAACAUUCUGCAGUUUUACAAUGAGCGAGUCAUUAUCAUGAGUUCCAUCCUGGAGAACAUGUGCUCUGAAGUCCUACAGCAGACAGCCACACAGAUCAAAUUUGCAGUAACGGGUAGUGAGCCUGUGCCAUAUGUUCACCGGCUGCCCCCAAAGAAGCCAAUUAAAGAAGUCUUACAUGGAGCCUUCACCACCACUUUAGAGAAAGGCUGGGUGGACAUCCGAUCUUUGCACAUCUUUGACACACUGCUUCAGAUGGGAGGUGUCUACUGGUUCUGCAACAACUUAGUUAAGGAACUUCUGAAAGAAACCCGCCUGGAAUUUGCAGUGCGAGCUGUAGAACUACUCUAUGCUAUCUUCUCUCUGGACAUGCAGCAGCUGACGCUCACCCUCCUGGGACAUGUGCUGCCCUCCCUUCUCACAGACUCUGCCAAAUGGCACACAUUAAUGGAUCCGCCAGGCCGGGCUUUGGCUAAGUUAUCUGUUUGGUGCGCUAUGACUUCUUACUCCACCCAAAACAAAGGACAGCCCUCCCCACGGCAAAGGAAAAGACACCGAGAAGACAUUGAGGGAUACAGUAGUCUGUUUCCUCUGGAUGACACCCAGCAAUCCAAACUGAUGCGACUCCUGAGCUCCACUGAAGAGGAACCAGCGGUACCAGCCAACCCUGCUGAACGUCCUAUGAACAGCUCUCUCUCUGCCUCGCAGAUCCACAACAUCAGCUCCAAAGAACCAUUGAACAGAGUGCUUGCCAACCUUUUCCUGUUGAUCUCAUCCAUUCUGGGAGCGCGGACAGCUGGCUCCCACACCCAGUUUGUACAGUGGUUUAUGGAGGAGUGCGUGGAGAGCCUUGAGCCAGGAGGGAAAGGCGGGAUCCUACAGUUUAUGCCUUUCAGCAUGGUUUCUGAGUUGGUUAAAGUCUCCACCUUAUCAAGCCCCAAAAUUGUGCUGGCAAUCACAGACCUGACACUCCCUCUUGGAAGAAGAGUAGCUGCCAAAGCUCUGACCGCUCUAUGA